UUUUGUAAUGUUUUUUUUUUAUUUAAAAAUUUUACUUUAACCGAUAGCAUAGAUUGCUAAAUGCGUUUAGAGGAUGAGGAUGCUGGAAAAAUCAUGACAAUAGAAUGGCAUAUGCUGGAAAAGCAUAAGCUAUAUCCUUUAAUAUUUUUAUCUUCUUUCAGUGUCAGAACAUUACUAUAUCCCUUUAGUGUAAUUAAAACCAGAAUUCAAAUUCAAAAGAAGCAAGAAUUAUAUCGUGGCACAUGGGAUGCUUACAAAAAUAUACUUAAAUACGAAGGUUACAAUGGUUUAUACAAAGGUUUUAUGAUUAGCUCAUUUCAAAUAUUAUCUGGAUUAUUUUAUAUAACAUCAUAUGAAUCUACGCGUCAUAUUCUUAAAAAUUAUACUCAAAUCCAGGACACAAAAUAUAGAGCAUUUAUUGCUGGGGGAUGUGCAUCAUUAGUAAAUCAAACAAUAUUGGUUCCCUGUGAUAUAGUCUCUCAACAUAUGAUGGUUUUAGGAAGAAAUACUAUUAAUGGGAAAAUUUUUAAAAUUGACACCUUAGAUAUUGGAGACAAGUAUGAUAUAAAAAGGAAAGGAUUAUCAAAAGCAAUUAUAUCCCAAAUUUAUAAGAAAGAUGGGCUAAUAGGGUUUUAUAGGGGAUAUUUUGCCUCACUCUUAUCAUAUGUACCCAAUUCUGCUAUUUGGUGGUCAAGUUAUCAAGCUUAUAGCAACCUAUUAGCAACAUUGGCCCCUGUUUGGGUGUCUCAUUUAUUCCUUCAAUGUUUAUCUGCUCCAAUGGCUGGAAUAACAUCUGCAUUUUGUACAAAUCCUUUAGAUAUAAUAAGAGCAAGAAUUCAAGUCAGCAGAAUGUCCUAUUUGUCAACCAUUCAAACCUUGUGGGAAGAGGAAAAAUUAGGAAUUUUCAAAAAAGGAUUAUCCGCGAGAUGUACUCAGUCAAUUAUUUAUUCCUUUUUUAUUAUUUUGGGUUACGAAUCAAUGAAGCGAUUUAGCGUGAAAGAUGAAUACAAAAAACAAAUUCGUUGGUGAUUUUUUUAAAAUAUUUGCAAUUAAUAUUAGCUAACAAUUUAUAUACACAAAAAUCAUGUAUAAUAAAUAAAAGAUUAAAUAUUCCAAUAGGCGCCAUAUAUUACAUUGUAACAUUUUACCUUGUUAAAGUAUCGUAAUUAUCAUUUAUGAAUGGACUAUAAUAUGGCGUUUAAAUUGCGCAAUUUUGACUGUGUUGAUGCAAAUAAUUUAACCCUUCAUUGCACAGGUGAAAGAAAAAUCACGCAGAGAAUAGUUGGGCUACCUACAGACCUCAAUUUAAAAAAACAAUUAAAUAUCAAUUAUUUUAAUUAUUUAAUGUUAUUUUAUAUGACAGCUUUUGUCAAGGGAGUCAAAA